AAACUGUUAAAACUGUACAGAAAAGGACAAGCUUUUUGUCGAAAGAACGAAAAAGAAAUUCAGAUGAGAUCAGAAGACGAUGCAAAUUGCAAGGGCAAGCAUGCCUUCUGAUACUAUUUCGAAGAUUGUAUGUGAAGCCAGCGAAGAAUCAAAUCAAACAAUUGGAUAAGAAGAAAUUAAGAGGUGGGGUCCGAUUCUGAGCCAGAAAAUAUCUGUAGUCUUUAUCUCUUCUAAUCAAGCAUGGAAUUAUUGCGAUUUCAUCGAAAAACCCGUUAUCGAUCGCUGAAGGAGUCGAAAAUAUUCGAGUAGGAGAUGGAGCGACGACAGAUGAGGGUUGUGAAUAUUGAAUCCUUGGAAUCGUGGAACUCCUACUUGACCCAACCCACUCAUCAGGAUUCUCUCAUUGUCGUGCACUUCACUGCUUCUUGGUGCAUGCCUUCAGUAGCUAUGAAUCCAUUCUUUGAAGAACUGGCUUUUAACUACCCAGAUGUUCUGUUUCUCACAGUCGAUGUUGAUGAAGUUAAGGACGUGGCUGCUAAACUGGAGAUAAAGGCAAUGCCAACUUUCUUGCUGAUGAAGAAUGGGAUUCAGAUUGACAAGCUUGUGGGUGCAAAUCCUGAAGAGACAAGGAAACGGAUAGAUGCAUAUGUUGAGACCAUACAUGCUGCUUAAUGUAAUAACAUCUUUAUGGUGUUGUCUGUAAUAUAUAUAUAUAUAUAUAUAUAUAUAUAUAUGGCUGUGGUUUUGGCAUCUACUGAAAGACAAGUUGCAAGACUGGCUCUUGUUUAUGUGGUUUCAGUCUCUCAGAUCAUGUAAAUUCAAGUUUUAAAACUGUUCUUCAUUCUCUGUUUAAUUUUGUUUCAUUUUCUAUGCAAA